AUGAUUCUAUGCUUCUUACUCUUCUAUGUCGCCCUAGUUGGUGCUUUCUGUACUGAGGUUGCUCUUUGGGUUCCAUGGCGGGAUGAGACGGUCUUUAGGGCAGCUGAAGCACUCGGACUUGAAACGUACAAUAAAAUUAUAAAUCUUAAUAAGGGAUUAAACCCUGAAUCGAUUACAGCUUGGAAGACCUACACCGUACCGUAUACCGAUGACCUUAAGCCACCUGCAACAUGGGUGGAACUGAAUGGCUGCACCCCCUUACUCCAGUUAAACAGAGAAGUCACAAGCACUUCAGUCCAGGAGACAACGCUUAAAACUAAGUCCAUGAAGAAUACAAUUAAAACUACCACAGCCUCGGUAUCCAAGACCAAAACUCCAUCUAUAACAUCAUCGACGACUAAAACUACGUCGACAACAUCAUCGACAACCAAAACUCUAUCUACAACAUCAUCAACGACUAAAACUCUAUCUACAACAUCAUCGACGACCCAGACUCCAUCUACAACAUCAUCAACUACCAAAACUCCGUCCACAACAUCAUCGACGACUCAGACUCCAUUGGCAACAUCAUCAACGACCAAAACUCCAUCUACAACAUCAUCGACGACCCAGACUACCAAAACUCCGUCCACAACAUUAUCGACGACUCAGACUCCAUCGGCAACAUCAUCAACGACCACCAUAACUAUGGCAUGUUCAAUCAAGACAUAUAUGACUACGACUAUGAUCACCACGACUGUGAUACCUACAGUGAUACCUACAGUGAUACCUACAGUAGUUGCAACUAAGACAAUUACGAUUGGGGCCGAGGCUCCAUCAUUCGCAUCAUCACCAACAUGUCAUCCCCAAGGGACCUAUAAUACAAAUGAGAAGAAAUUAGAGAAAUAUACAAAAAAGUUUUGUAGUACAAUCGAUGGCAAAUCUCUAAAAACAAACGAAAGCUUGCAGUAUAUUUAUGGUAAAGACAAAGAGCUGCUGGAAUUCACUGUGUCCUGGGUCCCCGGUUGCGAAGGUGAAGAGCAGGCUAUCACAGGUGCAGCUGUAACAAUGGAGGCCAAGGUGGGUAUACAAUUCGGGGGUGUUUAA